AUGGUGCGCAACGCGGUGUCGGCGCUGACGGACGAUCCGCUGCUGGUGCAUGAUUUGCAUCUGAAUGAUGAUGAGCCGGUGCCGCAUCAGAGGCAGUUUACGCCGUUUAGGGAGGAGUGGGGAGAGACCAAUCAGUUCGGUUUUGGCGGCACGAGCAUCUGUGAAGUCGACUAUGAUAAAGCAGUUGGAGCUGUAUUUUUCCUUGUGAACGACCAUGAAAACUACCGCUCGGCAGGCGUCGCCCGAGUCGAGGUUAUUGAAGGCGUGCCUACCAUUACCCAGCGCCUUGGAGACCGCGGUUGGUGGUGGGACUGUUCUGAGGUCGCCAAGUACGGCGACAUCGCAGCCUAUCGCGAUGUCAACAGCGAGUAUAUUUACAUAUGGGGCCAUCCGCCCAACUGGGUGACUGAGUGGCCGCAUACAGAAUACAUCUACCAAGCACGAGUCAAGGCAGCAGACGCUUUCAACCUGGACGCGUAUGAGUACUGGUGGGGCAAAGAGAAAGGAUGGCGGACGGAGGUGCUGACGGAGCACAAUGCUGAGACAGCAGUCAUGUGGGGAGCUGGACAGGGCCAGGUCGUUUACAGCGAGUAUUUCAAAUGCUACAUCUAUGUCCAUUUGAAUUUAGAUGGCCCUAAAGUGGCUUUGAGGACGGCUCCGAAGCCAGAAGGCCCAUGGAGUCAGGAUAAAGAAGUCUAUGAGGCGACACCGAUUGAUGGCGGCUUCGUGUAUGCGGGAGUUGCGUAUCCAUAUCUGGAUGAAACUGGGAAGACGCUGACGAUUGCGUAUACAAAUAAUAAUCAUACGCAGGUUAUAAAGGUGACGUUUGAGUAA